UUGUCAUUGACUAGCGUUGUCGUAACCAUAGAAACAAAAUAAAAUAAGUUACUAACCGAAAUGUUUUGAUUGUUUCUUUAUUUUUCGUUUUUUAAUAAUUAUUUUAUAGUUAAAUAGAAACACUUUUAAACUUUAUUUUUUAAAAACAUAAAUUGCAGCAAUUCAUUUCCUUGGUAAUAAAAAUGUCAACAGAUUCUGAAAGAUAUGUUUUUGAAGCGGAAUGGCACGAUAAAGUGGCUUGCAUUACUAGAAAUUUUUUAUUAUAUUAUUAUCUCUCCGAUAAUUCCGUAGAACUGUACGAUUUAAAAACAAGAAAAACCUUUUUAAGAAAAACAAAAUGCGAAGGAGUUGAUGAAUCAAAUUUUUAUGUUGGAGCAGUAGUUACAAUUUUUGCACGAAGUAUGAAACUUAUUAGUUUCGCUGAUUUUUCUACUAAAACAAGAGUGUUACACAAAAUUCAAAAGACACUUGGAAUUAUAAUGCCAGAGCUUCAUGAUAAAAUUGGAGAAAUAUUAAAACGAAUAUUAGCUGAAAAUUUUAAAAUUGGAAAUUUAAAAAUGGUACAUUUAUCAAGAGAAGAUGCGAUGGAUUUUUUCAGAGAAAAGGGAGAUAACUCAACAUUGAUGUUAAGUCGUAUAACUUCCGGACCAAUUAUUGCCCUUGAACUUUUGGGACAAGAUUGUAUUUCCCGUUGGCUGGAACUAAUAGGUUCUAAUGAUAUUUCUGAGAUUCGAGAAACAGAUUCUCCAUCAUUAAGUGCUUUUUAUGAAAAAUAUGCUGGCGAAAAUACAUUUUACGGUUCUAUUAGUGAAACAGCUGAUCAGGAUAUAAAAUUUUUCUUUCCUGAUCCAAAGAGCGAAAAAAGAGAAUUACCAAAUACAUCAACAAUCAAAGAUUGUACUUGUUGCAUUAUUAAACCUCAUGCUGUGCAGUCCAGGCUUGAAGGCGAUAUAAUUGACGAAAUAAUAAAAAAUGGCUAUCUUAUCACUGCAAUGCAACUAUUUCACGUGGAUCCAGUAAAUGUUGAAGAGUUUCUUGAAGUUUAUAAAGGAGUUCUUCCUGAUUAUGGGGCCAUGGUUGCGGAAUUACAAUCAGGACCUUGCAUUGCAAUGGAGAUAAAACAUAAAGACGAGAGUGUUAAUGUUCCAGUGGAAUUCAGAAAAUUCUGCGGUCCCAUGGAUCCAGAAAUUGCUAAACAUGUCAGACCCGACACGUUACGUGCCAAAUAUGGAAAAACAAAAGUUCAAAAUGCCGUUCAUUGCUCAGAUUUGCCAGAAGAUGGAAUAUUAGAGGUGCAGUAUUUUUUCAAGAUCCUUAGCUAAAAAUCAGGCAAGUUGCAUAAUAUUAAGAAUAAAUUAUUUUAAUAAUCAUAAUAUACAAAGUACGAUUACAUUUAAAAAAUAUGGAAAGAAGAUUUUUUAUAUAUAUAUAAAUUAGAUUUUAAAACAAUAUUUUGUAAAAUUGUUUAAAAAAAAUUUUUUUUUGUAAAAAAAAAUGUAUUUUUAUUAGUUAUCUAUAAAAACUUUUAAAAAGUGUCACGAUGGAAA